GCGCAGUAAGUUGUGUUGUUCGCACGUGCGUUCUUCCGCACUUCGACAGCUCUUCAGUUUUAACAUUUAAAAUGGAAAAGACAGACGUAAAUAAGAUUGCAAAACAUAGAAAAGGCAAAAAAAUGAAAGCGGUGAAAGGAGAGGACGGCUCCUCAAACACUGUCUGUAAGAAGAGGAAGGGUAAGCCAGGGACUGAGACUUGCCAGUCAAAGAAAACUAAACUCAUUAACAACGGCUUUUGUCUUUAUCUUGGUAACCUGAACAACUGGAAAACAGUUCAGGAAAUCACAGAUUCAUUAGCAGUGUUCUUCAUAAAGCACAGCCUGCUGUGUCAAGACAUUCAUCUAGCUCCGUCCCGAAAACACGGGUUUGUGAACAUGGCCUCUGAAAUGGACAUGAACAAAGCUUUGACGUUGAAUGGAGAACAUGUCCUUGAUAAACCCAUAAAGAUCAACAAAGCAAAGGUCAAAAACGACGACAAAAAGGAGACAUGUCCUGCAGUGGACAAAAAAGACAAAGAUGACCGGUGUUUGUUCCUGAAGAAUGUGCCAUACGACACAUCAGUAGAAGACAUCAAGAAAGUCUUCAGCAAUGCUGUUGCUGUUCGGUUUCCUGGUGGAGCCAAAGGUCCAGACAAAGGCAUUGCCUUUGUGGAGUUUAAAAAUAAAGAGAUCGCCCAGAAAGCGCUUGAGAAAAAAAAAGGUGCUCAAAUCCAUAGUCGGAAACUGAUUGUGCACAUUGUGAGAGAAAGAAAAGUUCCUAAAGAUCCAGCUGGCAGGAAAAAGACAAAAGUUGGUCGUCCAAAUAAAAUCUUAUUUGUAAGUAAUCUGCCUAAUGAAGUGAGAGAGAAACAACUUCAGAAAGUCUUUCAGGAAGCGGUCCAGAUCAGAUUACUGGAAGCCAAAGACAAACCUCAUCGAUUCGCCUUUGUUGAGUUUGCAACAGUGGAGGAUGCUGAAAAGGCCCUGCAGUCAUCCAAAAAUAUUAAGAUCUGCAACAAUGUAGCUAAAGUCGACUUCUGUCGCAAUAAACCUAAACCUGGGAGUGAUAAAGUUUCAUCAAAAACUCUGUUUGUGAUGGGCCUCGCUGCCAAGACCACUGCAGAAACACUGAAAAGUGUUUUUGAAGGAGCCGUCGAUGCAAAGAUCGCCAAGUGUAAACCUACAGGAGUUUCUAGAAGGUUUGGCUUUGUGAGCUUUGAGAGCGAAGAGAGCUGCAAAGCUGCUAAAGAUGCCAUGGAGGACUGUGAGAUCGACGGCAGCAAAGUGACUGUGAGGUUCUCCAGGAGUAAAGUGGGUCUGCAGAGUACCGGAGCGGGCUCUGCGGCCACUCAGAGGAACACCGGAAGGAAAAGAUAAAAGUACAUAGCUAGUUGUUGAUAAUAAAAUCUCAUAAAAUGAACUGAUCCUUUAUGAUCAGUUUGACGAACACUGAUAUCAGAUGAGUGAACUGGAAAAAAACGUGAAAAGGGAGGGGUUUGCUGUGUCCUAAUUCAGGGGCUGCAUUCUUCGAAGGCUGGAUUUGAGCUGAGUGAAACCAACCCCUUCCAAAAAAUGAACCACAGAAAAUAAGGCAAAUAGGCUGAGUGGGUAUUGCCUUGUUUGUGCGGGUUUGUGCACUUGAAAUUGUUUGUGUUGCUAUGGGUUUUUUUAUAUCUUACACGUUAUAAUUUCGGACGAUCACGUGUCCGUGACGAAUGUGCUAGACAGUCAGUGGGUUGUGAAAUUCGUUGUCACAGACGUAAACAAUUCAGGCCAAGUCACGUGAUCAUCCGAAAUUAUAACGUGUCAUAUAAAUUAUAGCAGCACAAACAGCCGUUUCAACGGCACAAACCUGCUCAAAGCACUACAAAAUUCGACUAGUUUGGUUCAUUUUUGGUUCUUUUUGGAGCGAGCGUGUGGGAUGGUGAUCCCUGAAUGACCCUUACAAAUAAUCUUUAAUAUAUAAAAAACCACAGUAGCACAAACGACAAUUUCACAAAUAAACUUUAAUAUAUUAAAAACCACAGUAGCACAAACGACAAUUUCAAGUGCACAAACGAAACACUAAAAACUCAGCCUAUUUGCCUUUUUUUUUCUGUGGUUCAUUUUUUUGGGAGGGGUUGGUUUCACUCAGCUCUGGAUUUGUCAUCCGCUUACAUCACAGCAACAAAGGCUGUCCAAAUUCAAAGACUUUUACAAUUUCGGCCGACAAAUGCAUCCUCCGUUUUCUCCGAAGAUGGAUCCUUCUCGGCCCACCAUAUCCCAUGAUGCAUUGCGGGCCCACCUGAAAUGUUUUUCUUGGAAUGGCUGACAAAGGGAGAGAAAGGAGAACAGUUUUAAAUAAAAGUCUGGCCGUAUAAAAAUUAAAAGUUGUUAUGAGCGGUG